AAAGUAUUUAAAAGAAAACUAUUACCUAUGGAAUCACGAGAGCAGCGUACUGUUGCAUAUCUCAAUUCACAUCCCAAAUUCCUGGAAAAUUAUGCAACCGGGCCAAACGUGACCAAUGAGGUAUUUCAUCGCUGGUGUUCCAGGCGUAAUAUAAGGUUUAAAAAGGAAACCUUAAAAGAAAUGAAUAGACCAUGGAUGGCAGAUAACCUGUCCGGUCUUCAUAAUUUGCUUAUCUCCAAUGGUAAUAACGUGCCUCUCAUUUUAUAUGAAUUGGGAUAUGCUUGUGCACAGUUAACACAUAAUAAAUUGUUUGAUGUGAUGAUAUAUAAUAAGAAUAAUGCUUACUUCAUUGAUCGAACAGGAAAUAAUGUCCAGUUAAAGGAAGUGACCAAAGAGAAACGAUUGCCUGUCUAUACGAAAAAAGUGGAAGACUACUUCGGAGUCUUGCUAGGAGAAAUUCACUUUUAUCGUUCGCUCACUGAACAAGAUCACAUUUCCAUCAAUAUCCUUUGCAUCUGGGGUAGCGCUCUCAUUCAUUAUGCUCAGGAUAUUGUCAGUAUGGAUACUGUUAUCAUGAAAGUUAUGAAUUUCGCUCAAAAGUUGACAAAUGCCGACCGAUCUUCGCUCUUUCUUGUAGAUCAUAAGAGGAAAGAAUUAUACGCCAGAAUCUUUGAUGUGGGUACUCAACAGGACGAACAAAUUAAAAUUAACGAAGAUGGUAAUGAGGAAAUUAGAUUUCCAGCCAAUAAGGGCAUUAGUGGAUAUGUUGCUAUGACAGGACAGGUUCUAAACAUCGAAAAUGCUUAUGAGGACCCACGAUUUAACAAAGAGAUAGACCAGAAGACAGGUUACAAGACCAGGAAUAUCCUUUGCAUGCCCAUUUUCAUUCGUAAAUCAGUGAUUGGUGUCGUACAAAUGAUUAAUAAAGCGGGUGGACCUUUUACAAAACAAGACCAAAAUUCCUUCGAAACAUUCGCCGUAUACUGUGGCCUAGCAUUACAUCACGCCAAGCUUUAUAAUCAGAUAAAACGUUCUGAACAGAAGUAUCGGGUGGCGUUAGAAGUAUUGGCAUAUCAUAGUGUGUGUAACAAGGAGGAAAUGAACAAAUUGAAAAGUGUCAAAAUUGAGGAUGACAUUACGGAAUUGGACAGAUUUGAAUUCAAUGGAUUUCAAUUAACAGAGCUUGAGAAGCCGCUCUAUGUUGUUUAUAUGUUCCGAACGCUGUUUAAAGGGAAAUUUAAUUAUGAUGAGGAUGACUUGAUUCGUUUUGUACUCACUGUACGCAAGAAUUAUCGCCAAGUGGUAUACCAUAACUGGGUGCAUGGGUGGACUGUAGCGCAAGCUAUGUACUGCUUGCUUCGAGCCACUACAAUUUUCAACCUGAAACAAGUUCUUAUUUUCAUCAUUAUCCUAUCAACUGAUGAGCGAAAAUUUAAAAAAGGGAAAGGAAAUUAA